AUGUUAAGUGUACUUGAAACUUCAGGCGAAACUGGCGGUGUGCCCCGUCGUGGCUUGACAGUGCUUACGACAGCCGUGUUUGCUGUGGGAGAGAUGGCGGGUUCUGGUGUCUUGGCCUUGCCGUCUGCCCUCAACGGAACCGGCUAUAUCGGCAUUUUACUGAACAUAAUGUGUGCCCUGGUGUCUGCCUACACGGGCGUGUUGCUGGGGAAGAGCUGGCUGAUGGUCAUGCACAGAUAUGACGAGUACAAGGAGCCUACACGAUAUCCUUACCCAGCCAUUGGCCAGGUGACUUUUGGGAAACCAGGAAGGAUGGUGGUGUCAUGUGCCAUAAACAUAACGCUGUUUGGUGUUGCCGUUGUUUUCCUGCUGCUUGCUUCAGAGAACAUACAGUCUUUGAUCAAGAGUGCUGGCAAAGACAUCUCCUUCUGCUACUGGCUCAUCAUAGUGGCUGGAGCCCUUCUUCCUAUCAGUUGGCUGGGAACACCCAAAGACUUUUGGCCCAUUGCAGUUGGAGCUGUCGUCGCCACAAGUAUAGCAUGCUGUGUUGUGGUAGCCAAUAUUAUAAAAGACGGUAUCGACUUGGACAUUCCAGCUUUCCAUCCGAAAAUAGAGUUCACAGGUUUCUUUAUGGCUUUUGGAACAAUCUGUUUUGCUUUUGGAGGCCACCCGGCAUUCCCAACGUUUCAAGCUGAUAUGAAAAAUCCAGAGAAAUUUGGACGUGCCAUCUACAUUGCUUACUUCAUUGUUCUGUUGAUGUACCUGCCGGUUGCCAUCGCUGGCUACAAGUUCUACGGCAUCAAUGCUCAAGACAACAUCCUAGAGAGUGUCUCACCUGGACCUAUGUUGUACACAGUUCAGAUUCUGAUCACGCUUCAUCUCUUCUGUGGCUUCAUCAUUGUCAUUAAUCCAGUGUGUCAAGAUCUGGAGGAGAUACUGAGAAUACAAAAAC